GUCUCUUUUUUAUUUUUUUAUUUUUUCUCCCCUCUCCCGCCGAAUUCAGGUUUUUGACCCGGCGGCUCCCUGCGUGCAGGCUCAGGAAGUGCUGUUGCUUUACUUCUCACGAAUCCCGCUCCUUCUUCCCGGGUAAAAGACAGCCUGGGGGUCCGGUGCGGGGGCUUUGGAGAGUAAUCUGCUAGAAUUUGGAAUCGAGUCAGUUUCCUGACAGCUUUGAUCACAGGACCCAGGAGUACUUGGAGAGAAAACUAGUUGGAGAGGAGCUGGACUGACCAUACAUCGAAAUGAGUCCUGCAGAUGCCCUUGAUGAUGAAAAUACAUUUAAAAUCUUAGUUGCAACAGAUAUUCAUCUGGGAUUUAUGGAGAAAGAUGCAGUCAGAGGAAAUGAUACAUUUGUAACACUGGAUGAGAUUUUAAGACUUGCCCAGGAAAAUGAAGUGGAUUUUAUUUUGUUAGGUGGUGAUCUUUUUCAUGAAAAUAAGCCCUCAAGGAAAACAUUACAUACCUGUCUCGAGUUACUGAGAAAAUAUUGCAUGGGUGACCGUCCUGUAUCAUUUGAAAUUCUCAGCGAUCAGUCAGUCAACUUUGGUUUUAGUAAGUUUCCAUGGGUGAACUACCAAGAUGACAAUCUCAACAUUUCGAUUCCAGUGUUUAGUAUUCAUGGCAAUCAUGAUGAUCCCACAGGGGCAGAUGCACUCUGCGCCCUGGAUAUUUUAAGUUGUGCUGGAUUUGUAAAUCACUUUGGACGUUCAGUGUCUGUGGAGAAGAUUGACAUUAGUCCAGUUUUGCUCCAAAAAGGAAGCACAAAAAUUGCUCUUUAUGGCUUAGGGUCCAUUCCAGAUGAAAGACUCUAUCGAAUGUUCGUCAAUAAAAAAGUAACAAUGUUGAGACCAAAAGAAGAUGAAAACUCUUGGUUUAACUUAUUUGUGAUUCAUCAGAACAGGAGUAAACACGGAAAUACUAACUUCAUUCCAGAGCAAUUUUUGGAUGACUUCAUUGAUCUUGUUAUCUGGGGCCAUGAACAUGAGUGUAAAAUAGCUCCAACCAAAAAUGAACAGCAACUCUUUUAUGUAUCACAACCUGGAAGUUCAGUGGUUACUUCUCUUUCCCCAGGAGAAACUGUAAAGAAACAUGUCGGUUUGCUGCGAGUAAAAGGAAGAAAGAUGAAUAUGCAGAAAAUUCCUCUUCACACAGUGCGGCAGUUUUUCAUGGAGGAUAUUGUUCUGGCUGAUCAUCCAGACAUUUUUAACCCAGAUAAUCCUAAAGUAACUCAGACCAUACAGAGCUUCUGCUUGGAGAAGAUUAAAGAAAUGCUUGAAAACGCUGAGCGAGAACGUCUGGGAAAUCCUGGACAGCCAGAGAAGCCUAUUAUCCGACUGCGAGUGGACUAUAGUGGAGGUUUUGAGCCUUUCAGUGUUCUUCGCUUUAGCCAGAAAUUUGUGGAUCGGGUAGCUAAUCCAAAAGAUGUUAUCCAUUUUUUUAGGCGUAGAGAGCAAAAGGAAAACACAGGAGAAGAGAUCAACUUUGGGAAUCUCAAUACAAAACCUUCAGAAGGAACAACCCUAAGAGUAGAAGACCUUGUCAGACAGUAUUUUCAGACUGCAGAGAAGAAUGUGCAGCUCUCACUUCUAACAGAAAGGGGAAUGGGUGAAGCAGUACAGGAAUUUGUGGACAAGGAAGAAAAAGAUGCCAUAGAGGAAUUAGUGAAAUACCAGUUGGAAAAAACACAACGAUUUCUUAAAGAGCGUCAUAUUGAUGCCCUAGAAGAUAAAAUCGAUGAAGAGGUACGCCGUUUCAGAGAAAGCAGACAAGAAAACACUAAUGAAGAAGAUGAAGUUCGAGAGGCUAUGACAAGGGCCAGAGCCCUCAGAUCUCAGUCUGAGGACGCUGCUUCUGCCUUUAGUGCUGAGGACCUUAUGAGUAUAGAUUUGGCAGAACAGAUGGCUGAUGACUCUGAUGAGGACGUCACAGCAGCAGCCAGUAGAGGAAGAGGCCGAGGAAGAGGCCGACGAGGAGGAAGAGGGCAGAAUUCAGUCUUGAGAGGAGGGUCUCAGAGAGGAAGAGGCACUGGUCUAGAGACUUCUACUCGAAGCAGAAGUUCAAAGACGACUACGUCAACAUCUAGAAAUAUGUCUAUUGUAGAUGCCUUUAAAUCUGCAAGACAGCAGCCAUCCCGAAAUGUUGCUACUAAGAAUUAUUCAGAGGUGAUUGAGGUGGAUGAGUCAGAUAUGGAAGAAGACAUUUUUCCUACGACUUCCAAAACAGAACAAAGGUGGUCAAGCGCAUCAUCAUCAAGCAAGUGCAUGUCUCAGAACCAAAUAGCUAAAGGAGUUGAUUUUGAAUCAGAUGAGGAUGACGAUGAUGAUCCUUUUAUGAACAUGAGUUCUUUAAGAAGAAACAGAAGAUAAUGUAUUUAAUAUAACUUUGAAGUUUUCAAGGUUCAGGAAAAAUCAAAAUGUUGCAAGCUGAGAGUUUACGGUUGAAGAUUUUUAAAGUACUGCGGUUAACUAAAGAAUUUGAAAAAGAUGUACUUAACGGGGAAAUUUCAUGUAUAACAAUUUAUGUUUUGGGGUAUCAUUUCCUGAACAUGACUCCUUUAAUUGAGAUGCUUCCCAGCUCAAGAACGUACAGAAUAAGAUUGGUUCUCCUUAUUUUUUAAAUCUAGUUGUUAACAUUACCUGGGGCUGCUCUAUAAAAUCAGAAUGUUAUUUUCCUCACAUGUGUUAGUGUACAUCUUACUGAAUGAGCGUUUUGCUUAAAUACCAUUCUUGAGAGUAAGGAUUAAAAGAAAUCUAUCACUAUAUGUUUCUGCUUCAUGGUCAAAGACUAUUAGUAUUUUAAUGUAGUUACAUUUAGCCAAAGUUGAGGAAAAGAGCUUAUAAAAUUUGACCCCUUUAUAAUUUUAAUAAAUUCUAGAGAUUCUGGAUUUCCUCAA